AUGGCCGAUUUACAGGAUGCACAGCUCAUGCUUAGUACGAAAUUGGGCAAAAUGCAGCGCGUGAAUGUGCAAGCUCUCAUCGGUAUAGAUGAAAGCGGCGAAUUUAGCCCACCGGGGAUCGCCCCGUCCACCUUAUUGGAGAAAAGCGGGUCAACAAGAAUCCCGGGAGGACGAGUCGGUGCCCAAUAA